CGGGGCGCGGAGGCACGUGGAGCCGGUUCCAGCAUGGCGCGGAGCGGGAGGCUCCGCUCGGGCGCCGCCGCCAAGCUGAAGCGGUGGCGAAAGGGGCACAGCAGCGACUCCAACCCUGAGACCCGCCAGCACCGCCUGGCCGCCCGCAGCCGCUUCUGCAGCCGGCCCGCGGAGAAAAGCAACUUGACGGUAGAUGCGGUGAAGCUGCACAAUGAACUGCAGUCAGGGUCCCUGCGUUUGGAACGGCCGAGUGACAGCGCACAGCUCCGUAUGGAGGAGGAUGAUGCUGGGGAGGCUGCCACACAGAAGUCCUCUGGCACCUUCCUGAGCGGCCUGAGCGACUGCACCAAUGUGACCUUCAGCAAGGUGCAGCGCUUCUGGGAGUCCAACUCUGCUGCUCACAAAGAGAUCUGUGCGGUGCUGGCAGCUGUGACAGAGGUGAUCCGCUCGCGUGGAGGCAAGGAGAGUGAAACAGAGUACUUUGCUGCGCUGAUGACCACUCUGGAAGCAGUGGAGUCCCCUGAGUCGCUGUCUGCUGUUGCCUACCUUCUUAACCUCGUCCUAAAGCGGGUCCCAAGUCCUGUGCUGAUAAAAAAGUUCUCGGAUGCCUCAAAAGCCUUCAUGGGUAUCAUCUCCUCGCAGGCCUGCAGCAGCUCCACUUCUGCCCUGCGAUGGGUCCUCUCUUGCCUGGCCACACUGCUGCGGAAACAGGACUUGGCAGCUUGGACCUACCCUGUCACCCUCCAAGUCUAUCAUGGUUUGCUCAGCUUCUGCGUUCAUACCAAGCCCAAGGUACGGAAAGCAGCGCAGUACGGUGUGUGCUCCAUCCUGAGGGGCAGUGAGUUCAUGUUUGGAGAUGCGGCCCCAGAGCAUCACCCCGCAGCACCCUCCACUGCCAAGUUCUGCGUGCAGGAGAUCGAAAAAGCUGGAGGCAUCAAGGAAGCCACCACCACCCUGCACAUCCUUGCCCUGCUGCGGGACCUGCUGCCCUGCUUCCCUGCGGCUGUGGUGAAGACCUGCUGUGAGACCUUGCUCCGCGUCAUGACCCUCAGUCACGUGCUGGUGACAGAAUGCGCCAUGCAAGCCUUUCACAGCCUCUUCAGUGCCCAGGCCAGCGUGGCCUGCCUGCCAGCUGAGCUGAACGCCCAAAUCAUCACCGCCCUCUAUGACUACGUGCCCAGUACGAGUGACCUGCAGCCGCUGCUGACCUGGCUGACCACCAUGGAGCGGGCUCACAUCAACCUGGGCAGGCUGCAGAAGGACCUGUGCUGGGCUCACCUGCCCCGCCUUUUCUCAGCUGCCAUGAACUGCUUCCUCUCCUCACACUCCCAGGUGGUGUCAACAGCAGCACAGACACUGGAGACCAUUCUGAGCGAGUGUGUUGCUCCCCACAUGGAGGACCUGGGCACCGUCUCUGCAUCUGCCCCAGCCCCUGCUGCCUACCUGUGCAAGAUGUUCAAAUCAGUGGAGGACGGCCUGACAUAUCGCUUCCACGCAGCAUGGGAUGAGGUGCUGCGGGUGCUGGAGGUCUUCUUUGAGACAUGUGGGAAGCAGUGCCACCCCAUCAUGAGGAAGUGUCUCCGAUCCCUGUGUGACCUACGUCUCUCCCCACACUUCCCCUACACCACUGAAGUAGACCAGGCAGUGGGGGCUGCCGUGAGUGCCAUGGGCCCUGAGGUGCUGCUGGAAGCCGUACCCCUGGAGAUUGAUGGCAAAGAGGAGACGCUGGAUUUCCCCCGCAGCUGGCUCCUGCCAGUGCUGCGGGAUUACGUGCAGGGUGCACGUCUUGGCUUCUUCACCAGCUACUUCUUGCCCUUGGCAGCUUCCCUGAAAAGCAGAGCCCUGGAGUUUACACAGGCGGGGAAGAGCGUGGAGGCCAAGAUCUAUGACACGCUGCAGUGGCAGGUCUGGACCCUGCUACCCGGCUUCUGCACCCACCCCACAGACGUGCUGGGGGCCUUCAAGGGUCUGGCGCGCACUCUGGGCAUGGCUAUCAGCGAGCGCCCGGACCUGCGCCCCACCGUGUGCCAGGCCUUGCGCACCCUCAUCCACAAAGGAUGCGUGACAGAUGCGGAGCGGGCAGAAGUGGGUCGCUUUGCCAAAAAUUUCCUGCCCAUCCUGUUCAAUGUGUACAGCCAGCCCGAGGAGGAUGGGAGCAACAGCGCUCAGCGCCGCUCUGUGCUGGACACUGUCCGAGCUUACCUGACCAUCACUGAGCCCCAAAUGGUGUGUGGGUUCCUGCAGAAAGCCAGUGAGAAGCUGACCAGUUCUGAGAACUCCGAGUUUGCCAGGCUCUCCAUCCUGGACCUGGUGGUGGCAAUGGCGCCCUACGCAGAUGAGCAGUCCCUAGACUCCCUGUACCGCACUAUCCAGCCUUCCCUUCAGAGCAAGGAGCGCAGUAUGCAGAAGAAGGCGUACCGCGUGCUGGAGGAGGUGUGUGCCGCUCCUCAUGCCCCCUGCCAGGCCUUCGUCCGCUCCCACCUCCGGGAUCUGCAGGCAGUGCUGCUGGACUCGCUCAAGACCGCGGCAUCCCCAGCCAAGAGGCCCCGGCUGAAGUGCCUGUUCCACAUUGUGAAGCAGCUCUCUGCAGAGCAUGAGCCCUUCAUCACCGCCCUGGUCCCAGAGGUCAUCUUGUGCACCAAGGAGGUGUCGGUGGGGGCUCGCAAAAACGCUUUCAUGCUGCUCGUGGAGAUGGGGCAUGCCUUCAUCCGCUUUGGACCCACGCCUCAAGAGGCCAUGCAGCGGUUCCUGCUCCUUGUCUAUGCGGGGCUCACAGGCUCGGUCACCAUGAUCAGCUGCACAGUGCUGGCACUGACCCGCCUGUUCUUCGAGUUCAAAGAUCAGCUGGAGCUGAGCGUGGUGGAGCAGCUCCUGCAGAAUGUCUGCCUACUGGUGGCCUCUCGCACACGGGACGUGGUGAAGGCGGCCCUGGGCUUCCUGAAGGUCACACUGCUGCUGGUGGACACCAAGCUGCUGGCCAAGCACAUCCAAACAAUGCUGGAGGCCCUGGGGAACCUCUCAGAUGACAUGAGACGCCACUUCCGCAUGAAGCUGCGAAACCUCUUUACCAAGUUCAUCCGCAAGUUUGGUUUCGAGCUGGUGAAGGGGCUGCUGCCAGCUGAAUACCAUAAAGUGCUGGUUAACAUCCGCAAGGCAGAAGCCCGGAACCGCAAGCAGCGUGCCCUGAGGAAGGCAGCUGCAGAUACAGAUGAAGAGGAGGCACCACCACCACAGCCCAAAGGAGACAGCAUGGAGGAGAUCCUGGCUGACUCAGAGGACGAAGAGGAGGAAGAAGAGGAACGGCAGCGGAGCAAGGAGUGGAAGAAGCAAGCACGGCAGAAGGGCCAGGCCUGGCUGAAGGAAGGGGAAGAGGAUGAGCCCCUCAAUUUCCUGGACCCCAACGUGUCCCAGCGGGUUCUGGCCACCAAGCCAGGCCCCAGGCGAUCCAGAGGAGUGAGCCAUGACUUCCAGGUGUCUGAGGAUGGGCGCCUGAUCAUCCAGGAAGAAGAGGAGGAGGAGGUGGACGAUGAUGAAGCCAAAGGAGUGGACGAGGAGAUAGCGGAUGUGCUGCAGGAUGUGGGUCUUCGCAGUAAGAAAAGCCAGAAGCGUCGGUUCAGAGAGGAGCCAGACGAUGAGGAGCCUGAGGCCAGGACCUACUCUCAGUACAGACCUGGAGGCUCUGGGAUCCACAGGCAGCUGCACAAGGAGCCAGCCUUUGGUGCAGAGUACAGAUCCAAGAAAGGCAAAGGUGACGUGAAGAAGAAAGGACAGCUGGAUCCCUAUGCUUACAUCCCCCUGAACAGAGCUAAACUCAACAGAAGGAAGCGGGCGAAAAUGCAGGGCCAGUUCAAGGGACUGAUGAAGGGUGCCCAGCGCGGGGCCAGAGCUGGCCGCAGGAGCCAUCUGAAGGCCCAGCGUCCCUGAGGAGCCUCAAGUGUUCUGCUUGCACCUGCCCAAAGAUGGACAGCCCCUGUGGCCUCUGGACCACCUCGUGAGCGGAGCAGGGGCAACUUCUCUACAGAAGAUGGCCUACAUCUGUUAGAGACUCACUGGGAAGCCAUCCCAUCGAUUGCAGACUCUUGGCCCAAGUCUGGCUCUCCUGUGUCUGGAGGAAGAUGCUGAGUGUCAGGUGCAGGGGCGUGUGUGUGUGUGUGAGAGAGCAAGUAAUGUGUAAUGAUUUCUCUAUAUUGAUAAAUACCUACUGUUCCUACCCAGCCCAGAUUCCUCCUCUCUUUUCUUUAAGAGCUGUGCGCAUGGUGUUCCCUGUGCUCUGCCUGGUGCUGCAGGUCCUUGUGUGCUGCAGCACUGCGCCCUGUGGGGCUCCUGCCUGCCUGGACUGCAUCCCUGUCCCCCGCCUGGGGCUUGCUUGGGGGCUGCCA